AUGUUAGAUGAGGCUAAUAACUUUCAUCCUAACAUUAAAUUAGUGCGACAAAUUGGUAGAAGUGUUCCAUUUCUUGAUGUACUCAUUGAGAACAGAAAUGGCACUUUAACAACUUCAGUGUAUCAUAAAGAAGCAGCUGAGCCGUAUGUCGUACCAUUUGGAUCAGAUCACCCUGAUCAUGUUUUCCGAAACACUGUUGACACUGCUAUUACGAGAGCAGUUCGUUAUUCAACAACCUUAUCUCAAUUCGAAGAAGAAAUACGACAAAUGAAACUCAUGUUUCUCUAUAAUGGGUACUCUCCAAGACAUAUCUAUCGGCGGCUCACUACAUUAUUCAGUAAAUAUUUAUCAAAGUAUUUCAUUUUGCCUAUGUUCAAUAACUCUGAUGACUUCGAUUAUUUACGUCAUCAGUUAUUGACAGCAUCAACAGCUACAGCAUACGAUAAAGUAACCAGAACCUCAACUACCAAUCAAAAUCAUGACAAAAACAUACAAAAUCAUAUUCAACAACCUACAAAGAACAACGAAUUAAUAACAAGAAAACGUCUCAUCAUUCAUUGA